GUCUGGGGAGAGCCGCGCAGCACGUCCCCUUCCGGCUCGCGCGGGCAGCCUCGCAGAGUCCAACAUGUUGGGGUUUCGGCCCUUAGACGACAGCAGUGAUCAUAUGACAGCGGUAGCCAUGGCAUCACAGAUAAUAGGGACGUUCCAAGUUUGAAGUUUUACAAGGCAGAUGUGAUAAGCGUGUAAGAGGAAAAGAAGUGUGAUGGCCAAGAGUUCACAGAGGAAGCAACGUGACUGUGUAAACCAAUGCAAAUCAAAGCCUGGCUUGAGCACCUCAGUCCCUCUGAGAAUGUCCAGUUACACAUUCAAGAGGCCAGUUACGAGAAUUACACCCCAUCCUGGCAAUGAGGUCAGAUACCAUCAAUGGGAGGAGAGCUUGGAGAAGCCUCAGCAGGUCUGCUGGCAGAGGAGACUGCAAGGACUCCAGGCUUACAGCAGUGCAGGAGAACUUUUAAGUACUUUGGAUCUUGCCAAUACCUUGCAAAAACUUGUCUCUAGUUACACAGGUGGAUCUCUGCUGGGGGAUCUUGGCAGUGGUCUGGAGCACUCCUGCCCCGUGCCCCACCUUGCCUGCUCUUCAGAUGCGGUGGAGAUAAUUCCCAGAGAGGGAGUGGGUAUGUCGCAGCUCCUCUGCAAACAAUUUCUGGUCACUGAGGAAGAUAUCAGGAAACAGGAAGGGAAAGUGAAGACAGUCAGAGAGAGACUUGCAAUAGCACUGAUUGCCGACAGGCUCGCUAAUGAGGCAGAGAAAGUGAGAGACCAAGAAGGCUGUCCUGAAAAACGCUAUGGAAAAAAGGGAAGAUAGUGCAGAUGAAAUAAAGCAUAAUCCUUUAUUAACAUCUC